AUGUCUCUUGUACAACUCUACAUUCCGGCAGAAAUUGGAAGAACAGCCAUUUACUCGUUAGGCAAGCUGGGGCUUGUUGAAUUUCGUGACCUGAACAAGAAGGUGAACGGGUUCCAGCGCUCGUUUGUCAAUGAGAUCAGACGGCUGGACAACACUGAGAGACAGUACCGGUAUCUACAGAAGGAAAUGGAAUCCAGAGACAUCACCCUUGUGGAGACAGACCUGGAAAGUGAUUCCCAAGUUCUGGCUACAAGUCAAUUGGAUGAGAUUGUUGUUGAUGCUCAGUUGCUUGAAGACAGAGUGAGUCAAUUGACCACGGCCUCAGAGGAUCUUUUGAAACAGCAAAUGGACUUGAAGCAGUAUCAACAGGUUUUAGCAGCCACUGACGAAUUUUUCAGCCAUGUGCAGACGGCCGAUUCUUCUGAUAUCAACGAGCCUGAAUUCUUAGAGAACGGGGGUCUUCAUGAUGCGAACUUCAUUACCGGAGUGAUUCCAAGAGCCAAGAUCGAUGUUUUGGAGAAGAUUUUAUGGCGUGUUCUGCGUGGUAACCUGUUUAUCACCAGCACCGAAAUUGAACAGAAAAUGUACGAUGUCAAGUCAAAGGAAUUUGUGGACAAGAACAGUUUCAUCAUUUUUGCUCACGGAGAAGUGAUUUUGUCCAGAGUGCGCAAAAUUUGCGAGUCGUUGGAUGCAAAUAUGUACUUUGUGGACCAAGAUAUUAAGCAAAGAACCAAACAGAAGCGCGAGGUGAACGACAAACUUUCAGAUGUCACUAACGUUUUGGAAUCGACUGAAAGAACACUGGGAACUGAGCUUAGAGCCGUUGCUACUGAGUUGGAUGUCUGGUGGAAAGCUGUCAAGCUUGAGAAAUCCGUUUUUUCAGUCAUGAACCUCUGUCAUUACGAUUUGACAAGAAAGUGUUUGAUUGGUGAAGGAUGGGUGCCUACAGAUGACUUCGAUAAGGUGAAGGCCGUUUUGGAAGGAAUCAGCGGUAAGUUUUCAGCCAAUCCUGAAGAAUCCUUCCCAAUUGUGGUCAACACCGUGCAAACCACAAGAACUCCUCCAACUUACCAUAAAACAAACAAAUUCACUGCGGCAUACCAAGCUAUGUGCGAUGCUUACGGAGUCGCAACCUAUAGAGAAGUCAACCCUGCUCUUCCAACGGUGGCCACGUUCCCAUUCAUGUUUGCGAUCAUGUUUGGUGAUCUGGGACACGGAUUCAUAAUGUUUCUGGCAGCUUCAGCACUUGUGCUGAACGAGAAGAAGAUUGCAAAGAUGAAGAGAGACGAGAUAUUCGACAUGGCAUAUUCCGGAAGAUACAUCUUGCUGAUGAUGGGCUUCUUCUCGAUGUACACUGGAUUUCUUUACAACGAUGUGUUCUCCAUCUCUAUGAGUUUCUUCAAGUCGGGGUGGAAAUGGCCUGAGUCUUGGAAAGAAGGUGACAGUAUCUCCGGAACACAAACGGGAGUGUAUCCUAUUGGGUUGGAUCCAGCAUGGCACGGAACCGAAAACAAUUUGUUGUUCACCAACUCAUACAAGAUGAAAUUGUCGAUCUUGAUGGGAUUCAUUCACAUGUCGUACUCCUACGUGUUUUCGUUGGUGAAUGCCCUUUACUUCAAAUCGAAGAUAGACAUUAUUGGAAACUUCAUUCCUGGUCUUCUGUUCAUGCAGGGAAUCUUUGGUUACUUGUCGUUGUGCAUAGUUUACAAAUGGUGUGUUGAUUGGAUCAAGAUCGGAAAGCCAGCUCCAAGUUUGCUGAACAUGCUGAUCAAUAUGUUCUUGGCACCAGGAAAAGUCGAGGAAGAGCUUUACAGCGGUCAAUCGACAGUUCAGGUUGUUCUGUUGUUGAUUGCAUUGGUUGCUGUUCCAUGUCUUUUGCUCAUCAAACCAUUGCACUUCAAGUACUCACACUCGCAUCAUUAUGAAGGAGUCCCGACCGAAUCCAAUGACAACAACCUUCUCAGCAACCUCGAUUUGGACGAUGACGAAGAGCAUGAGGAACACACUUUUGGCGACGUGAUGAUCCACCAGGUUAUUCACACGAUCGAGUUCUGUCUUAACUGUGUUUCUCACACUGCCUCGUACCUGCGUCUGUGGGCUUUGUCGCUUGCGCACGCACAGUUGUCGUCUGUUCUGUGGUCCAUGACUAUUGCACGCAGUUUUGCAGUCACUGGACUUGGUGGCACUAUUUUCGUGUUCCUGAUGUUUGGCAUGUGGUUUGUGCUAACAGUCGCCAUUUUGGUGGUCAUGGAAGGUACCUCUGCCAUGUUGCACUCUUUGAGAUUGCACUGGGUCGAGUCCAUGUCCAAGUUCUUCGAAGGUGAAGGUGUUCCGUAUGAUCCUUUCUCUUUCAAGAUGGUGCUUGGUCUUAUUUAG